AUGAUUUCUUUCCAAUCUUCCAGUGAGUUCCUGGGUUUCUUUAGAGCUGUGUGGGUACACACGAUCAUUUUAGCGACUAAAUUUUUCUUCUAUUGUAAAAGUUUUCUCAUCUUUAAACAAAGUCUUUCGAUGAAGACCAUUGGUGUAACGUCCAAGGAGCACUUUGCUUCGAUCCACUCAAAUUUUUUUCAAGAAACUGGUUAGUCUUUGUAACCAUUCUUAGAAAUGCACCCAUCCUAAGGUGUUUAUACUAUGCGAAACAUAGAUCUGACAGAGAUUUCCAUUUCCCGAAAUAUGAUUUGUUGUUUUGGAAUGGAAUUUCUUCUGAUUCGAAUGUCCCAUCUCGAUUCGUUGACUUUAGAGCAGCAUCUGAGUGUUUAAACCUCUCACUU